AAGAAGAAGAAAUUGUUUUCGAUGUUUAAAGACAACCUGAGUGAACUACCUUAAUUGUGUCCACCAUCUUUGGCUCUGCAUUGUAAGUGAAUAUGGCGAUGCUCUUUGGCAUGGGACAUUAUUGUCGCCUGGCAGGACGAGUUGUGAGCGCACUGUCCCGCAGACAAACGCGUGGUACGCUUCUUCCAGCGACAAGAUGGUAUAGCACCCAAACGACUUGCAAUAGACGUCACCCUGUUAACGCUUUGGAGCUGCAGUUUAAGCUGGAUGACAGGACAGCCCACAGCAGUCUGGACCUCUUUAAGAAGGACACAGGCGUCAUCUACCGCAUCUUGGGCCUAGACCCCAGCCAUGUCCAACAAAACCCUGAGCGCUUCCGGGAUUGGGCCGUGGUGUUCGGAGACGGGCAAAUCACAGGUGGCCGCCACUACUGGGAGGUGACGGUGGAGAAGUCCUCAGAGUUCCGUUUGGGUGUGGCCUUGGUGGCAAUGUCAAGGGAUGACUGUGUGGGCACCAACAGCUCCUCCUGGGUGUUCGGCUACGUCCAGCGCAAGUGGUUUGCAAUGACAACCAACCAGAGGGUGCCGGUGACUCUGGUGGGGAAGCCUGACCGGGUGGGCAUCCUGUUGGACUACGAGGCCGGCGUGAUAAGCCUGGUGGACAUCCCAAAGGCCAAGGUGAUCCACAGCAUGAGGGCCAUGUUCAGGGGGCCUCUCUGCCCAGCGUUUGGCUUGUGGGAUGGAGAGCUGCUUACACACUCAGGUCUGGGGGAGCCCGAAGGCUUGAAGUGAAGUAUCUCUGUACUGAUGAUGACAAUAUGGUAGGGAGGUGGAUAGUGGUGAGGGGGAUAGGAAUGGCAAUGUAUUUUCUGACAACUUGGUUUUUGUAAACUGAACACUUACAGCAGUUUGCACUUGAACAUUUCUUUCAAAAGCAAUAUUCUCCAUCAGAAUUUGGAGAUCAGGGAGUUUAUCCAGUGUAUCAUUUCACUGCCAUACAGGCUCAGGCAAACUCAUCACAAUAAGCUAUUUUUUUGUUACCUCUUGUGUAAUAUUUUUUCAGUGUGAAAUAAAUGGCAACAAUAUGUAGCUGUCUUGUGUGUAACAAGAGAUCAUUAGGUACUGGGAAUGUUGCUUAAAGUCCUGACAUUCUCCAUUAUCUUGUCAAACUUGAAUUAAACCAUGCCUUUUUUUAGCCUUUUGAUAUGCUGAAAUUGUAUGCCAAAAUAAAAACCUUUGCAAAUU